GAGGGAGUGACGGACUUGUUGUGCGCGCACUUUUACGCAGCGGUAAACGAAACCAGAGUCGCCGCCGGGGCCAGUGCGGGUUGAAUCUGCUGUGUUUCCAUUCCCACGGGUCUCCUUAUGGAGCCCACCACUCUGCAGAAAGCGAUUGCCGUAGCAAAGAAGGCCUCAGAGGAAGACCAGGCUGGGAACUAUGAAGAGGCCAUCAGCUCCUACAAACAUGCUGUCAAGUACUUUCUGCACAUUGUAAAACGUGAACCGCAGGGUAAAGAUGGCAACCAGAAGAUCCGAGAUACAUGUAAACAGUACCUGGACAGAGUGGAAGAAUUACAGGCGUACCUCGAGAAUAAAGAGAAAGCCAUUGAUCUCGCCAGCAAGGCGGCUCAAGAAGAUAAAGCCCAAAAAUACGAGGAGGCUCUGCGUCUUUACCAGGCUGCUGUUCAGUACUUCCUCCAUGUGGUGAAAUAUGAAGCCCAGAGUGACAAAGCCAAACACAGCAUCCGGGCAAAGUGCGCUGAAUACUUGGACAGAGCAGAGAAGUUGAAGGAGUAUCUAAAGAAGAAAGAAAACGCUCCUCCUGCCAAGCCAGUCAAAGAGUCACAGUCCGAUGACAAAGGGAAUGAAAGCGAUGAGGGUGAUAAUCCAGAGAAAAAGAAGUUCCAAAAUCAACUUUCCGGUGCGAUUGUUAUGGAGAAACCAAACAUCAAAUGGAGUGAUGUUGCCGGUUUAGAGGGAGCAAAGGAGGCGCUGAAAGAAGCAGUUAUCCUUCCUAUCAAAUUUCCCCACCUUUUCACAGGAAAGAGAACACCAUGGAGAGGAAUCUUGCUCUUUGGACCUCCUGGCACAGGAAAGUCCUAUCUGGCUAAAGCUGUUGCCACGGAGGCAAACAACUCCACCUUCUUCUCCAUCUCUUCGUCUGACCUCGUCUCCAAAUGGCUGGGAGAGAGUGAAAAGCUGGUGAAGAAUCUUUUUAGCCUUGCCAGGGAGCACCAGCCCUCUAUCAUCUUCAUUGAUGAGAUAGACUCCCUGUGUGGCUCAAGAAGUGAGAACGAGAGUGAGGCCGCUCGCCGCAUCAAGACAGAGUUCCUGGUUCAGAUGCAGGGCGUGGGGAAUAACAACGAGGGUGUGCUGGUACUCGGUGCAACAAACAUCCCAUGGACCCUAGAUUCCGCCAUCAGAAGACGAUUUGAGAAGAGGAUCUACAUCCCGCUGCCCGAGGAGCACGCGCGCGCCUUCAUGUUCAGGCUCCAUCUUGGCUCGACACCCAACAGUAUCACCGACACCGACUUUGUCACUCUGGGUAAGAAGACGGAUGGAUACUCUGGAGCAGAUAUCAGUGUCAUUGUCAGAGACGCUCUAAUGCAGCCUGUUCGAAAAGUCCAGUCGGCCACCCACUUCAAACGGGUGCGGGGUGAAUCAAGAACUGAAGCCAACGUCAUUGUAGAUGACCUCUUGACUCCUUGCUCACCUGGCGAUCCCAAUGCGAUUGAGAUGUCAUGGAUGGAUGUACCUGGGGAGAAGCUGUUGGAGCCCAUAGUGUCCAUGUCCGACAUGCUGAGGUCUGCGGCCAACACGAAGCCAACAGUCAAUGACCAAGAUCUGGACAAACUGAAAAAAUUCACAGAGGACUUUGGACAGGAAGGCUAGGUGGGAUGAUUGAGCCCAGCCAAACCAAAGGAUUUUUGAUUGUCUCUCUUACCUUUACUUGUCCCAUUUCUCCCUGUGUGUGUUUGUGUCUCCUCUCCAUCUCUGUGUCUCUCUCUGCCUCGUCAUAACCAAACACCAGACUUUGUGGUUUAUCAUAAGUGGACAAGAUUACUGUGCUGUUUUGGCAAUUUGAUAACCACAUAAAUGGUGGAAGGACAUUGUUUUAUUUUAUAUUAACCAUUGUCCAAAGAAUAUUAAAAGACUUUCCAUCUGACCUGAUGAAAUAAUUAACACCACAUAAAUAACUGUUGGUUGACUAAGCACUAAAAACUAAAGGUAAUGACUUGCAGAGAAACCUUGGGAAACGAACACCGGAUAAACGCAACAGUCAUUGCAAAUGUCUGAAGAAAUCAAGAUAAUUUAUUUUGAGACUAGCCCUUGUAUCUGUAUUUUCCAGUCAGAAUACAUCUCUCUAGACUAACGAAUGCCCCUUAAAUAUUCUCUAUUUUAUAUUAAGAGAAAAAAAGCGUUUAUAGUAUAAACUGUAUUUUCUGGAUUGUAUGAAUCUUGGGGAAGUGAAGCGGGGCAUACAUUCAUUGGGUUUGCUGUGGUGAAAUAUAUCUGUCUCAAGGUGGUUGUUGUUUAAGAGUUUUAAGACUGAGAUGCUCAGGAGUAGAGCUGCAUUAGACUGAUUUGGAAAUGUUGGAUUGUUCAAUUGCAUUUGUUUACUCUUGCUAUUAGAAUUACACACGGCUACAAGGGUGGAUCCCUAAUGGUGCCGGACCAGCAUUACUUUUCAAAUUGUCAAGGACUCAAUAACUUUGAUUUGCUUUGUCACUCAGCUCACAGGUUUCUUUCAGAACCUACUGUAUAUUUUUUCCUUACUAUUAACAGGCUUUGCUGGUUAUCCUUAAUAUAAACUGCAAAUAACUAAGCCUUAUGUUAACAUAAAGUCACAUAACUUUUGAUAAGACAAGACUGAGUCGACAAUAAUGGCUCAGGUUGAGAGAUCCUCUUGUAUAGUUGACCAUAUAGGAAUGCAUCUCCAAGCAUGAACUAUAUAGCCAUGCGCGGCAGUGUGCACCAUGUGCCUUCUAGAAAAGCUGCAAUUUUUUUUCUUCUAAAUUUGAUCAUGCUGCUUAUAUAUAUAUCCAGUGCUUUGUCACUACAAGUAACACAUGUAUAAUACUCAAAUUGAAUGCAAACUUUCUUCUGCUCCUAAUGUGUGAAAACGUAUCUCUUGAAUUUUGAUGGGGAACCCUCUUAUUUUACUGUAAAUGCCUAUACAUAAAGCAAACUCCUGAACCAUGUUCUUUGUGAGGGGGAACUCGUGCAUACAUUUCUGUGUUUGUUUGAAUACUGUAAAUAAAAGUUAUAGCUACGUCAA